GCUUAAAUCUCAAUUGUUAUCCUAGCGCUGCGCAACGUGAGCGCUGAAAAAAACAGCAACAAAAAAUUAUAAAAAGUGCCAAAGGCUUACAAACAACAUAAACAAAUUGAGCAUGAAUCCGUUGACAUAUAAGCCAUGGGGCAUGUUGCUGCUGCUGCUGCUGCUACUGUUGGAGCCGCUGCAGCCUUGCGAGAGUCGAUAUUUGCCCACAAGGUCGCAUGGCGAUGAAUUGGAUAAGUUGCGUGAAAUGAUGCUGCAGAUUUUGGAAUUGAGCAAUGAGGAUUCCCAACAGCAGCAGCAGCAGCAACACCAGCAACAACAAUUGCUGCGUCUGCACAAUGAGGCCAACAACAACAACAACAAUCAGCAGCAGCAGCAAUUGACCGCCCAGCGUGGCAGCAGCUCCAAUGCGGCCUGGCUACAAAAAUUGGGCGCGUUGGGUGCACUAGACACGGAGGGCGUGAACUUGGGCAAUGCCUAUGCACGCUACUAGAAAAAGAAAAACGCAAAAAGAAAAACCAAACCAAACCAAACGUGACGACCCUCGAAGCCAAAUGAAAAAUUCAAGCAGCAGCUGUGAAAAAUCAGUUACAAUUUAAUUUCACUUUAUAAAAUAAUAAUUUGCUAUAAGAGCAACGCAUAGAAAGGCCCAAUUGGCAGCUUAUAAGUUUAGUUUGAAGCAAAUUCUUGCAUGAGAAGCGCAUAGAGAGGCCAACAGCAUAAUUGUAGCUUGCAUGUGAGCGCCCCAUUGGCAGCUUCUAAGUUUAAGUUCAAGCAAACUAUAUUAAAAAUAAUGUACCUGAGCUGAACUUAUUUAAUUAGCUAAGUUUUAAUA